AUGGUACAAUUUGAGGAGGAUAAUCCGGAUGACUUGCUGGGUAACAUGGUGAUAUUGGGAAUCUCUCUCAUAGUAAUUGCAGCAGUUGUAAUCGGCGUUAUUGCCGGAAAAGAUCGUACCCAUGAUGAUGAUCACAAGAUGACACUCGUCGCUGUUUGUGACCAAACUGAUUACAAGGAUGCCUGUAAGGCUAGCCUAAAAGCGGCAGGUGACUCCGCCGAAGUGAAAACCUAUUUCAGAUUUGCAGUGAAUGGUAGUAUUACAGAAAUGGCACAUGCAAUGAAGAAGGUGAAAGUUGAUAAAAACAUGGCGCCGGCGGUUGAAGAUUGCAUGGAGUUGAUAGGGUUAUGCAUGGAGGAGCUGCAGUCCGUGAUUACAAUUCUAAACACUACUGCGCCAAAUUCAUCAUUCUAUAACGAUUCCUCGGGUGAUAUUAGGAGCAGCUUGAGCGCUGUGCUUUCAUACCGAAGAGCGUGUCUUGAGGGAUUAAGGGAGACGACUACUCGUUCUACAUCUUCUGAUAUAAUGGAUCAACUUCUGCACAACCCCACUCAGCUUACUAGCAUUGCCUUGGCUAUAAUUUACGAGUAUUCUCAAAACGACGACGUAAAGGCCGAUCCGCCCGCAGCAGCAGCCAUACCUCCGCCUCCGGCAUCAUCUAAUGAUGAUGAAUUCACACCAAAUCCAUCAACGGCCGGCCGCAAACUGUUGCAAUCCGGGGGCCAGAUGAAGCCCAAUGCGGUUGUGGCUAAAGAUAGAAGUGGGCAAUAUUCAAACAUUACUGCCGCUCUUAAUGCAUACCCAAAUGGACACAAAGGACGAUAUCUCAUCUACGUAAAGUCCGGCGUCUACGAGGAGAACGUUAUCAUCGCCAAGAAUACGACCCAGAUAUUCAUGUACGGUGAUGGGCUUGAUAAAACCAUCAUCUCUGGAAUAGAUCAUCAUUUCCAUGGCCGUGGGAGUCGGGCUACCACUACCUAUAGGAGAGCUACUUUAUCGGUAAUUGGAGAUGGGUUUAUCUGCAAGGAUAUUGGAAUCAAAAUCCCAGAUAAAAGCAGAGGAAAUUCCAUGGAUAUGGCGGCUGUUAAAAUCCAGUCUGAUAGAGCAGCCUUCUUCAACUGCAGAAUAAAUGGGAGUGCAACAUCAAACAUAUAUGCAUUAGCGAAUCGGCAGCUCUUUGUAGAUUGUGAAAUCUACGGUGUCACAAACAUCAUCAGAGGCGACGCUGCAGUUGUAAUCCAACGCUCCAGAAUCAUUUUGGCACCGCCAUCUCCACCGAUAUUGGAAAACAUUAUAGCUUUGCAAGGCAGGAGCGAUAGACGGGAAAGCACUGGGUUUGUGAUCCAUGGCUGCACCAUCGAGCGAGACCAAUCAUACAGAUACUCCCCUAAUUAUGGAGUAGCGGAGAAAGGUGUUGCUUACUUGGGCAUGGCGGUGGAGAAAUAUUCAAGAACAAUCGUGAUGGAAUCAAGUCUGGGGGAUUUGAUUCACCCAGAUGGAUGGUAUAGCAACAACAACAACUCUGCAUUAAUAGAUACAGUGACAUUUGGUGAGUGUGAAAACAGCGGGCCUGGAGCUGGAACCAAAAAUAGAGUGAAUUGGAAGGGAUACAGUGUCAUCAGCAAUUCAAGUGAUGUAAUGCGUUAUACGGCUGGUCGUUUCAUCCAACCACAAAACUGGUUGAAUGGCACCCAACUCCACUUCCUGCCCGGCCUUUUUUUCCGAUGA